AUGAACGAGAACGUCUUCGAAAAUUGCAACAAAGCCAUCAAUACCGCUACUAAUACCGUGUUAUCGACAUCUCGGGGCUGGGGUGCUCACAAGAGUCAGGGCGAUCUCCCAUGGGCUACCUACAGGGCAGUGGUUCGCCGUCAGAACCCCGUCGUCGGUCUGGCUGUGCGAUCACUCAAGAGGCUCUGCUCAGGCUACGAUGCUAUCGACAAUACCUUCUACAUUGCGCAAGCCAGGAUAUCCAAUAUGCUCAGAGCACAGAGGAGGCACGUCAAGAUCAAGAUGGAGGUCAAUGCAAGCCCGCGCUUGUCAUCUUUGGGAUCCAUAUUUGAGAUUGGUCUGGUCUAUCACGGCCUUUACAGCGCGGCAGUGUGUCCCGGAGUGGCACUGGGGGAUCUGGUCAUCGAUCUGCCCUCGCCCCAGACAACUCCAGACCUCGUCCCCCACAGAACAAACCUCUUCCAUCACCUCUCAACAACCCCUCUCAACGGGCAUGACAUCCGCAUCCCCUCAAAGACUACUCAACCGAGAGCUCUGUGA